GGAUUCAUGAACGAUUCAAAGACAAGCACUGUGACCACGUUUGUCCUCCUCGGCUUCCCUGGAUGCCAGGAGAUGAAGAGUUUCCUCUUUUCGCUGUUCUUUGGGGUCUAUGUAUUUACCAUAAUGGGAAAUGGGACCAUCGUCUACGCAGUGAGCCUGGACAGACGGCUCCAUACCCCGAUGUACAUUCUGCUAGCGAACUUUGCUUUCCUUGAAAUCUGCUACAUCACUUCCACUGUGCCCAAUAUGUUGGUCAAUUUCCUCUCAGAGACAAAAUCUAUCUCUUCUGUUGGCUGUUUCCUCCAGUUCUACUUUUUUACUUCCCUGGGUACAACCGAAACAUACUUCCUCUGCAUCAUGGCAUAUGAUCGCUACCUGGCUAUUUGCCGUCCAUUGCACUACCCAACCAUCAUGACCCCACGCCUGUGCUAUAUUUUGAUUUCUCUGUGCUGGGUGUUUGGGUUCCUCAGUUACUCUGUCUCCACUGUGCAACUCUCUCAAUUGUCUUUCUGUGGAUCCAACAUCAUUGAUCACUUUAUAUGUGACAUGGACCCUCUGAUAGCUCUGUCUUGUGCCCCAGCUUCUAUCACUGAGAUUGUUUUCUAUACCCUGAGCUCCCUCAUUAUCAUCCUCACCCUUCUGUACAUCCUGGGCUCCUACACUCUUUUACUGAUAGCUGUUUUAAAAGUCCCGUCAGCAGCUGGCCGGCGGAAAGCCUUUUCUACCUGCGGAUCACAUCUGACGGUGGUGUGUUUAUUUUUUGGAGCCCUCCUGGCAAUGUAUGUGAGCCCCACAGCCAAUAACCCAGCUGCAAUGCAGAAGAUCAUGACUUUGUUUUAUUCGGUGGUGACUCCCUUCUUAAACCCUCUGAUUUACAGUUUACGAAACAAGGAGAUGAAGGCUGCGCUGAAGAAAGUCCUGAGGAUACAAUAA